UGAGGCGAUCGUGCCGGCCUCAACUCGCGCGACGACGGUGUCGCAGGCGAUUCCCUUUCUCCCUCCAUCAAUCCCUCUCCCACCUUAUAAGACUUCCCACAAGAUGACCAAGGAAGAGGGCGACGACAUUUCUCCUACCAUCAAACCCUCUCCAUCAAGAUCAAGAACAAGACCGAGAGGCGCACCCAGUUUCGCCAUCGACACCUUAGGGUUGUUCCCGUGCCGUCCGCGAUGGCGUCCAGCGCCCACUCCCGGGGAUCGGUACGCACCGAGCGACAGGUUCCUCCCGCGAGGGGCAACGGCGGAGGGAACCCUCCGGCUCGCUCCAGAUUCUGGAAGAGUACGUGUAGCCGUUAGAGUUAGACCUAAGACCACUGAGGAAAAUGAUCUGGACUUUACGGAUUGUGUUGAGCUACAGCCAGAGUUGAGGAGACUUAAAUUGAAAAAAAAUAAUUGGAGUUCUGAGUCCUAUAGAUUUGAUGAGGUUUUUACAGAAAGUGCUUCUCAAAGGCGUGUUUAUGAAGCUGUUGCAAAGCCUGUAGUGGAGAGUGUUUUAGAUGGGUAUAAUGGGACUGUGAUGGCUUACGGUCAAACAGGCACUGGUAAAACUUACACAGUUGGUCGACUUGGGAAAGAUGACCCAUCUGAACGUGGUAUUAUGGUUAGAGCUUUGGAGGAUAUUUUUGCUAAUAUAUCUCCUGGCUCUGAUAUCAUGGCGAUUUCCUACUUGCAGUUGUACCUAGAAACCAUACAAGAUCUGCUGGCACCAGAGAAAACUAACAUCCCUGUAGUUGAGGAUCCAAAGACUGGUGAGGUGUCCCUGCCUGGUUCUGCAAUUGUUCAGAUAAAAGAUCUUAAUCAAUUCUUGGAGCUGUUGCAAGUUGGUGAAGCAAACCGCCAUGCUGCGAAUACUAAGCUAAAUACUGAAUCAUCUCGAAGUCAUGCAGUACUAGUGGUCCAUAUUAAUAGAUCUUUGGAAGGAAAAAAGGAAAAUGAUGCCUCCUCCCUGGCUAAUGUUACAAAUAGUGAGCUAUCUUCUCACCAUUUACCACAUCUUUUGAAAAGCAAGUUGCUGAUUGUUGACCUUGCAGGAUCAGAAAGAAUAGAUAAAUCAGGCAUUGAAGGCCACAUGAUUGAGGAGACUAAAUUUAUUAAUCUUUCGCUGACUUCCUUGGGGAAAUGCAUUAAUGCACUAGCUGAGAACAGUCCUUAUAUACCAACAAGAGAGUCCAAGCUCACGAGGUUGCUUCGUGAUUCAUUUGGAGGCACUGCACGGACAUCUCUCAUAGUUACGGUUGGUCCAUCAGCACGAUACUAUUCUGAAACAGCAAGUACAAUAAUGUUUGGACAGAGGGCAAUGAAAGUAGUUAAUGCUGUCAAACUAAAAGAGGAAGUUGAUUAUGAGAGUCUUUGUAGAAAGCUUGAGUACCAUGUGGACUAUUUAACAUCAGAGACCGAUAGACAGCAAAAGCUUAGAGAAAAUGAGAAAGAGCAGUUGGAGAAAAAAUUGAAAGAGAAAGAAGCAUUCUUAGUUGAAACAGAAAAGAAAAUUUCUGUUAAAUGUGAGCAUUUGGAGAAAGAAAGAAAUCAUUUGGUAUUAGAGACCCAAAGUUUAUUGAAGGCAUUGAACAUUCAGAAGAGCGAAAAGGAUAAAUUGUCUCAAGAAGUUGGCCAUCUUGAAAUAUCAUUAAAACAAGCCAAGCAACAGGAGCUUGAAAAUUUAAAUUAUCAGAAGGUACUUGCAGAGACGACACAGAUGUAUGAGAAGAAAAUAGCACAGUUAAUUAAACAGCAAGAAGAUGAAUCCUCUCGUUGUGCAGAUUUAGAAGAACAGUUGUCUGGGAUGAAGAAUUAUCCGAGUGGUAAUAAAAAGUCAGUUCAGAUGCAGGAGAAAGAGAUUGAUGAGCUUAAAGGGGAAAUCUUAAAGUUGAAUGAAGAUGCUGCAAGUACAAUUCAGUCCCUAAGAGCAAGGAACAACGAACUUUCGCUAGAAAAGGAGUUGUUGAAUGGAGAGCUUAAAACUUUGAAAGACAAACUGCUAUAUGAAGAAAGGAAAAGAAGGUGCCUUGAAGAUGAAAUUAUCAUAUUGAAAAAUGCCUUGAAUGAUGACAAUGCAGAGUAUGAGUCUAAAAGGCCAUAUAAGGGAGAUAUUACAACUAAAUCAACGUUGUCACUUGGAGGUCCUGCAAAUAUUCCCAAGUCCAACAGGUCAAGGGAGACCAUAUCUGGUCAAAAGGACACUAUCUCCAAAAUAUUUGAGGAAGUUGGUCUAUCAAAUAUAUUAGCCUUAUUGAAGUCUGAGGACUUGGAUGUGCAAAUUCAUGCAGUAAAGGUAGUAGCUAAUCUUGCUGCUGAAGAUGUAAAUCAGGAAAGGAUCGUUGCGGAAGGAGGCCUGGAUACUCUUCUUCUGCUUCUUGAAUCAUCGGAAGAUGCAAAUAUUCAUCGAGUCACUGCUGGUGCUAUAGCUAACUUGGCUAUGAACAGUUCUAAUCAAGGCUUAAUAAUGGGUAAAGGAGGUGCACGGGUACUAGCAAAUAUCGCUUCAAAAACUGAAGAUCCUCAAACACUUCGAAUGAUUGCUGGAGCAAUUGCUAAUUUAUGUGGGAAUGAAAAGUUACAUGUGACAUUGAAAAAGGAUGGUGGUCUCAAAGCACUUUUGGGAAUGGUGCAGUGUGGACAUAGCGAUGUCAUAGCUCAGGUUGCCCGAGGGUUUGCAAAUUUUGCAAAAUGUGAAUCACGAGGACAUAGAAAGGGAAGGUCUCUUCUUAUUGAAGAUGGAGUAUUAAAUUGGAUGGCCACUAGCUCUGCUACAUUUUCAGCUUCAACAAGACGGCAUAUUGAACUUGCAUUCUGUCAUUUAGCUCAAAAUGAGGAUAAUACACUAGAGAUCAUAAGGAGCGGAGGGAUCAAGGAGCUUAUUCGCAUAUCACGAGAGUCCUCUAGAGAAGAUACUCGCAACCUCGCAAUGAAAGCAUUGGAUUCAAACCCAGCAUUUUCUACUGAGAUUCAUGCAACAUAAAAUAAAAAAGAGGAUGCAACAUCAAAAGUUUUCCUUCAUUCUUUCAUACAACAAUAUCAUUAUAGGAGCAUCAGCACCCAAUCUAUAUAACUUGUUUUGGGUCUUAGAACGUGUAUUGUAUAUGUAAAGAAAAAGAACUGAAACACGGAAAUGAUGCCAUGUUAUCUAUGCAACAUGUUAAAAGAUUGCUGGAUCAUGCUACAAUCUUUUUAUGGGAGCAUCAGCAUCCAAUUUAAAACUUA